AUGCACAAUUCUAUAAAGAAAUACUUACCCACAACUAAAACAACAUCGAACGAAAACUGCCCAAAACCACGACUUUCAACUUCUUUACAACCAUGUUCCAAUCAUCUGUCCACUGAUGAUGUGGAAAUUAUAUUUCCAACUGUAAAACUGCAAGUGAUGACUGCAAAUGGAAGUCAAAUAAAAUUACGGGCUCUACUCGACCAAGACUCACAAGUAAACUUAAUCACUGAAAGGGCGCCGCAGCUCUUACGACUGACUAGAAAAAGAAUGAACGCAGCUGUUACUGGAGUAGGAUCUGUAUCUGGGGACUGCAAGGGAUGCCUCAAUUUGUCUUGCAAAUCAGUCUACUCUAACUACACGUUUGAAACUGAAGCCCUCAUCGUGAAAAAACUCACGAACAACUAA